AUGGUGUGGGACAUGAAGGGCGUGAAGUACAACACUGACGGGGCUGAGAUGAUCACGUUCUCUCCAGAGACGCUGGACAACACCACUGUCAACAACUUUGAAGGUCACCCAGUCGUGAGAAGAGUUUCACUGACGAAGACGUACCAGGUGGAACAGCGGUGGGACACUGAUCCUGCCGUCACAAAGGCCGUGUAUGGCAUCACCGCUAGAAUCCGGCGGCAUCGAGUUCAGCGACGAGACCACCAAGCGAUGAAGCUGUUCCUGUUGCUGCUGUGGGGCCUGAUGGCUCUGACCUCCGCCGGUCUGCAGGACAUCGUGAAGAAGAGCUCGCAGCUCAGGAAAGUUUCUUUGCUGAACCCAGAGCUGGAGGACCUGGAGCCUCAGUCCACCGGUAACAACGUGGUGUCGAGUCCUCUGACCCCCCCCGACCUGGAGCAGCAGCAGGACCUGCCUUCCUCCUACAUGUUCACCGAUAACGUGAACCUGGAGUGGCAGACCUGGAACGGCUCUCUGCCCAACGGAGCCAUUUCCAUCUACAACGGCUACACCGAGCGCAACGACUACAUCUGCAAAUACAAGUGUGAGGCCGGCUUUUACAACCCCAGCCUGGGCCCUUACUGCCGAUACCCCUAUGGAGACCGUGAGUCCUACGCCCCCGAGUUUGAGAUGCUGGCCAACAGGGACAACUUUGAGUUCCUGGAGUGGAAGGAAGGUUCCUACGGUUCAGUGCCGCAGAAUUCAGUCAGAACCUGCCCAGGUGUUGGCAUCUACGUUGGCAAGAACAAGUACGGUCUCGGGAAGGUGGUUCCUCAGUUUGAGGCCUUCUUCCUGCCUUGGGAAGGCGAUGAGUAUUGGUACAAGAAGUACCAGGUCUUGGCCAUCAACAGGGACGCCUACAGCCAGCACAUCAGUGACGUCAAGUACGCCAUCGACGAGGUCGCCAUCUUCCAGUAUCCUCCUGAGACCAUGCGUAUGUCCGGGGUCACCAACAACGAUUGCCAGACGGUGGUGAAGACAGUCACCAUCUCAAAGACCACAGAGGUGGAGACCACGUGGAACAUCGGCCGAUCCACCAUGCUCGGCAUCACAGGCAGCAUCACUGCUAAAAUCCCAUUCAUUGGCUCCGGGGGCAUCGAACUGGGUGGCGAGAAGACGCUACAGUUCUCCAAAGGAACCACCACGGUGGAGUCGCUCAGCCACUUGGUGUCUGUGGAGCUCACGGUGCCACCGAACCACUCCUGCAGAGUCCGCAUGGAAGGUCGCAAGAUCAAGGCCGACGUCCCCUACACGGCUCGCCUCAGCCGCACCUACCGCAGCGGAGAGACCCAGUGGACGUCCAUCACCGGGACGUACGACGGAGUCCAGAUCGGAGAAGUGCGUGCUGUGGUGGACCGCUGCGAACCGGUGGUCGACGCCAAGCCUUGUCCGUGA